AUGGCGCCCCAUCUUCCCUCCCCACAAGCGCAAUGCACUUCCACACCCUCCACACAACAGCCAACAACAACAACAACAUCCUCCUCGCUCUCAGAAAUUAUCGCCCAAUGCCACCACAAAGUGCACAGCUUCCUCGCCGAAUCCCACCCCCCCGACUCCCUCCUUGCCGCCGUCCAACGCCAAACUCGUAUCUCCCUCGAUGUCGCCGCAACAGCCCUCUCUCGCUACAGCCUCCCAGAGCUCGCCCUCUCUUAUAACGGCGGAAAAGACUGUCUGGUCCUCCUGGUGAUCUUCCUCGCCAGUCUGCACCCGCAUCCACCGCCCGAAAACGGCGGUCUUAAGUCCAUUCCGGCGAUAUAUGCUCUACCGCCGGAUCCCUUCCCUACAGUCGAGGAGUUCGUCCAGUGGUCGUCGAACGCCUACCAUCUUGAUAUUAUAAAGUACACGACGGAGCCGCCGAAGACGACGAUCAAGUCGAGUUUUGCGCACUACCUAUCCCUCCAUCCGAGUGUGAAGGCGAUUUUCGUCGGCACUCGCCGGACGGACCCCCAUGGCGCUAAGUUGACUCAUUUCGAUCGGACGGAUAGUGGCUGGCCCGAUUUUGUUCGUGUCCACCCAGUAAUCGAUUGGCACUAUGCGGAGAUCUGGGCUUUCAUCCGUCAACUGGGUUUAGAAUACUGCCCUCUCUACGACCAGGGAUACACGAGUCUCGGCGGCCAGACGGAUACUCACCCGAAUCCCAAGCUUCGCGUCGACAUUGCGGCAGAUAACGAAGUCACUAAAAACUACCGACCAGCAUAUGAGUUGACUGAAGACCUGGAGGAGCGGCUGGGGCGCAAUUAA